UCGAAUGAUCAUGCACUUCGUACAAUAACAAAUAAUAUUUUCUCAGUCAUACUUCAUAUUGAACAAGCAGCACAUUUACCAAAUGUUUAUUCUAAACAAGAUAAUGCUCAUGUUCCACCAAAUCCCUAUGUUACUUAUUCAGCAGCUGGUUCUCAUUAUUUAUGUCAAAAAUCAGGUGAUAAAGUUCUUGGUUUUGUAUCUAUUGAUUUAAGUCUAUUACUUUCUGGUUUACAAAAAAUAUCUGGUUGGUAUAAUAUUGUGGAUACAAUCGGAAAUAUUCAAGGACAAUUAAAAAUUGAUAUUCUACCACAAGAAGAUCUUUCGGAAUUAAAAUGUUUUAAAUAUAAAUCAAAUGAAAAUCAAACUAAUAUGAAUUCAUAUCGUUCAACAUCAGCAAUAAGUGGAAAUACAUCAUCGGCAAUUAUGACUGAUCUUUCAGCACGAACUGAUACACCCUUUAUUGAUACAACACGUUCAACAACAACAACUAUUCAAACGGAUUUAUUAGAACAUUUUCCUGAAUCAUUAAGUGGUCGCCCAUUAAUGAGUAAUGGUCUUAAUGUAACUGAUGUACUUUCAUUACAUAAUGAUCAAGUUCGUCUUGCACAAGAACUAAUGACGAAAACAAAUCAUUUACUUGAAACAUCAAAAAAAUUUUUUAAUAAAACACCAAUACCACCUCCACCUUCAACAUCAUUAUCCACUAUAGUAGAACAACAAUCUACUCCAUCACCACCAUCAGCAUUACCAAAUUUUAAUAUGACCAAUGAAUUUCGAAUCACAGCAGGAUCACCACAAAUUACUGUUAAAAAGGCUGAACGUAGGGUGCGGGUGCGGGUGAUAUACUAG